CAUGGCCGCGUCUCCACGUCGUCGUCCGCGCCGUCCGCGGACGCGUGUGCGGCCGCUGUGUGCGAGUGUGUGCAUAACACGCAAAAGGAGGUACACAGGCUAUUUUGACGGGAAGGUCACAUGACUAGACGGCUGUCGGCGUCCAAUUCACACAGACGCGUGCCGCCGCCGUCGCCGCGGCCGACCGCACGUCGUAACCGAGCUAUGCGUGUGCGCUACGUCGGAUCGCACGUGCGUGUGUGUGUUGUGUGUGUGUGUAUGUUUUGCGUGUAUCAUGAUAGUAUGUACACACGCAUAUAACGCGCACACACCUGCUCUCCACGGGGGCCACGGGGUGGGGACCGCAAGGACGUGACCAGGACCGAAGCAGAGAGAAAUUCAUAAUUGCGUUCGAUAAGACCGUAAGACCCCGGCUAUGGAUCGUCGGUCCGCCGUAUCCGUGACCAUGCGCUGCUUUCGUCGUGAAGCAUCGAAUUCGCGGCUGCGAGAAUGUCGUGUUGAAAACCGCCGUCGCCGCUGAGGAGGAGGAGGCGGUGGUGUUGGCGGUAGUGGUAGUGGUGGUGGCAGUACCGGAGAAGAAGAACAAGAAGGAACGAAAAGAAGAGAACGAGGGUAGACGGAGGAGGAAGAGGAGCAGUGGCGGAGAGAACGAGAGGGGAGUUCGCGACAGAGGAUCGGAGGACGGAGGAAACUCGCGCGAGGAGGAACCAGGCGAUUUUCUCUCUCUCUCUUUCUCUCUCUCUCGUUCGGAGGACGGCGCUCGCUGCGUACGAUCACCGAACGCGCUUUUCUGCUCGCAAAAGCGCGUGCGAGGGAUAAGGACAGAGAAAGAGAGAGAGAGUGUGUUUGUGCGCGAGAGAGAGAGAGAGAGGGAUCGCGGACAAAGAGGACGAGAGAGACGAACGGCUUUAUCAUGUUGUGCGUGGAAGUGGUGGCACGAUCGCGCGAUCGCGGGUCGCCGCGGCGAUAGUCGCGUUGUCUUCGUCGGCGACGCGUAAUGCAGCGGCGGGAGGGGCGACUGUAGGGAGGAAGGAAGGACGCGCGAACGGGUUAUACGCGUGUAACUCGGCCUCUCGUGCUGCCGGACGGAGUGAGCGAGCGAGCGAGAGAGAAAGAGAAAGCAGGACAGGGAGUAGUGCGCGCGUGAGAAAGAGAGUGCGAGAGAGGGACAGAAGCGCGCGCGCGGGUUAGGGAACCUCGUUCAGUGGACGGAAAGGAUGGACCCGCGUCUGUCUCGCGGCGGCGCGUCAACACGUCGAUCCGCGAGCGAGGAAUGCGGUGGAGGUCGCCGCGGCACCACGACGUCGACAACGACACGGACGACGACGAGCACGACGCGCUGCUGCUGGGCCCGCCGAGUGUAACAUGGAAGUGGAGUCGCGAGGAAGCCGAGCUGUCGUUGUCGCGCCAGUUGUCGUGCUAGUGCUGCCCGGUCCGCGACAUAAAUAAACUCGUGGAGUGGCCAGAGUGUAAUACCGAGUGGAAUAUAUUGUGUACACGCAUCAGCCGCAUAUAUAUAUAUAUAUAUAUAAAUAUAAAGCGAUAUCGAAUGCGCGGAGAACCGCGCGGUGGCUCCGAGUGCGGCACGCGUUAAAGAGUGUAGAGGUGGAUCGUUGUUGCUCGCGCUCGUCCUCUUCCUCCGGAGGAGAACACGCAUCUCGGAUAACCAUGGAGACCCUGCUGCCCGGAAACACCGCCGCUGGCCAGUCGUACAGUCCGCAGCUGAAGACCGUCCUCAAGACCUAUCAGCUGUCAGCCGUCAAGAGCCUGCAGGGUCCCAGCUCGGCCCUGCUGGGCAUGGACUGUAAGGCCCUGCUGCACGAGCAACAGUCGGCGACCGCGUGUUUCUCGCCGCCCGCCGUCACUCGUCCGGCAGCGGCCAAUUGCGGCCUGGAGGUCGGUCAGUGCUCGCCCGUGGAGUCGCAACCGCCGAAGGACGUCGUGAUCGAGAAGGAGGCUCUCCGCGAGACGUCGGCGCGCACGCUGACGCCCAUCCCGACGAAGGUGCCACCUCCUCGCACGCUUGAGGACUCGGACGAGGAUCGUCCCGCGGUGGCGGCGACGACGGCCACCACGGCGCUGGAUCAUCCGAAGGUCGUGUGCGAGAAACGCGAGCUCGAGUUUCAGAUACCGAUACUCACCGCGCCCGAUCAGAGCUGCUCCGAGCGAUGCGAGACGAUCCUCGAGGGCGAGAGAAUCUCGUGCUUCGUCGUGGGCGGCGAGAGGAGGCUGUGCCUGCCGCAGAUACUCAAUACGGUGCUGCAGGACUUCUCCCUGCAGCAGAUCAAUCAGGUGUGCGAUGAACUGCAGAUCUACUGUUCGCGCUGCACCCGCGAUCAGCUCGAGGAGCUCAAGCACUCCGGCAUCCUGCCGCGUAACGCGCCGUCCUGCGGCCUCAUUACCCAGACCGACGCCGAAAGACUCGUCAGCGCAUUGCUGUUACGAACCGAGUCCUGUGAUCCCUCUCAGAUCGGUCCGGCGCAGAACUGUCUUGAUAAGAAGAUGUGCAAGAAUGAGGAGGAGGAGGAGACGAUUGUCAAGUUCAAGGUGUACCACGAGUGUUUCGGCAAGUGCAAGGGUAUCUUCGAUGCGAAGCUCUUCGAGACGGACGAUUCGGUGUGCAUCGAAUGCCUGGAGUGUGGCUAUCAGUUUUCCCCUCAACGCUUUGUGAGACACGCUCAUAGGUCUCUGGAGAAUCGCACUUGCCAUUGGGGUUUCGAUUCUGCCAACUGGCGGUCGUACCUCUUGCUCUCUCGUGAUCAACAACACUACAACAAGUCGCUCAUCCUUUUUCGGGAGCUCAAGGACAGGCAUCUUGUACUAAACUCCAAACGAAAGCUAGAGCUGCGACAUGAACAUGAAAGAUUGAUCAAACGCACAAAGAAAGACAUAGGGAAGGACGACUGCCCUGGAAUCUACAACGGCAAUGGGAUGCCAAUGUAUCAUCCUGUAUCUCAAAUCGCCCCUGACUCGUACUUGAUGCAAUGGGCGGUUUUCGAACUCGCUUCCAGGGGUGCAGCCUUUCAGCCUUGGAGUGCUACAAACAACUGCAAGCACAGAGACAAUUCAUCGUUGGUGCCUGCAUACCUCAGUCGAGGUCCACCCGUGCUGCAGCAUCCCGAACGAGUGAUUCCGCUUUCGGAGUGCGAGCGUUUCGAGCCACACUUCCAACCUAAUGUGGCGUUGGCACCUAUACCGGCACCCGCACAGAUAACCCAGAUUCCGUCACUUUCCGUUCAUCAGCAACGGCGGCAUCAUCACGAACAUCAUCGCCGUCACAAUCAUCACUCCUCGAGUCCCACGUGUGAGAAACAGGAGCUGUUGUCGUCCGCCAGCGUUAAGGUGGAGAAAAUGUCGCCGAGUCAAGCGCCGCCCAUCGGUUCUUAUCCCCUGUACUAUGUGUCCGACGAGAAUCAGAAGGAGGCUGCGCCGCCGCCUGCAAAGGACAGAAAAGAGAAGAAGGGCGAGGAGGAGGAGAGCAGUGCGGCGGUGACAUCAUCCACCGUGAACGUGGAGCCUGUACCGCUAACAGCGUCUUCCGAGAUCGGCACCUCCUCGCCAUCGGAAAGUGAUUCUGAUACCGACGGCGCCGCGGCGGCGGAUCUCGAGGAACGGUUGAGGGUACUGGACGUGCCUCAGGACGUGAUAGAACUGGUUCGUCGUGUGACGUUGGAGAACGCGCAGCUACGACGUCAUCGGCGAUCGGACGCUCGUGAAAUCUCGAGGUUACGCAGUCAGCUGCAUAUGCAAAAGUUACAGCAACAGCAGCAGCAGCAACAAUCCACUGUUAUCGCCGACGAGGAGAGUCAGGAUAAGAAGGAGGAUGCGACGACGGCGACAGCACCGCGCUCCAGCGCAGCCGACAGCACCGAGGGCGGUAACGAGGAGACCGACGCUGCGAGUUUACCGUCGAACAAUAAAGAGUCUGAGUCCGCCAGCGCGGUGGCAACUAAUAACGAGUCGGAUCAGUGAUUAGGAUAACGCGGAAGUUAUUUAACACACAUACAACCACAACUGCUCAGCGAUUAUCGCGACGACGCUCAUCCGUUGGCCGAAUAAGCGUGCACUGAGUCUAGUAUGUUAGGUAUAUAUAUACAUAUAUAUAUUUACGAUUCUAAACUAAAUGAUAAACUGUUUAGGUUUAUGUGAUACGCGACAAGCCUUUAAACGUUAUCGCAGAUAAUUCGGAGUUUUUAUUAGGUAAGUAAAACACGUGCUGUCCAACUCAAAACAUCGGGCUGGUGGAGUCCUUGCGCUUCAUACUCGUGUCUCGCGAAAUUCGAACCGACCGACCGACCAACUGACCGACAGGCCACUGUCAGCGAAGAUAGCUUGCCUUCCAUGUUUGUCGAUAGCUACGUGCGAUACGUCCACUUCCUGUUUGCAUUUUAGUGCUCCGCGAAUAACGAAAAAUGAUACACACGUCCUUUUUCGAAAUAAAUUUCAGCUUGUUGAGUCUAUGGUGCCGCGAAGACAAACGUAUUGCUCCGUUAACAUUUCGUCCCUUCCCAGCCAUGGGUGAUGUUAGCGGAUUUCGAAAGAGUGAUACUCCCAAUGGGAGAUGUGGCAAACCGAUGCCACGAGUUGAACAGCCACGUCCAGGCAUACUUGUAUGUAUCGGUCGAUUUUUUUAUUAAAAUCGAAUGUAGAUAUUGUAUUAUACUGAAAAAACAGGGGAGUAGAUUUAAUGAAUUGUACCGCGCCAAUAAAACGAUUACAUUUAAUGGAUAUUACGAUCAGACAUUUCGUAUAUAUUAAAUAUAUACGAAAUGUAUAUAAAAAGCAAGAUUUUUACUAUAUAAUUGAGUCUUGAAUACAUGAGUGAUAAGAAUAAGAGAGAGAGAGAGAGAGAGAGAGAAUGCAUAUGCGUGUGAGAGAUUUCUAUUGAGAAUGAAUUUAGAUUACUUCACAUUUUGUAGUCAUGAUCGCAUAAUGUAAAUACAUUGUGGCAUCAUAGGUGUACGUUUAUAAUUCAUUACAGUAUCAUGACGAAAUAAUGCUAAAGUACAAAAAACCUAGGUGCUAUAUUGUUAUUCUAGGUAUGCUGUAAGCAUAAACCUGGGUGUGUUCCAGCAGCUCGUACUACAUUGUAAUGCCCAGAACGUUAUAUACACGUUCAAAAAAAACAAAAAAUAAAAAUAAAAAAACCGAAUCGUUACGACUAAAAUCUUGUGAUUAACGCGUAUAAGUGGGAUCUGCUUUUUUACUUGACGAAAAAGCUCGGUCCAAGCCUAAUCACGUCAAUAAGGGGAGAA